UAUUUUUAAUAAAUAAGAGAUUUGGGUAGAGGGCGUAUCGUACAAAAUGGCGGCAGUCUCGCAAUAGAAAUUGAAUUUUGCUUCGGUUUUCUUGACGAUAUUUUCAUUUUACGACCGAUGUUGGUGAAAAUAAGAUCGAUAUUACAAAGCAGUUUGAGAACUGCUAAUGCAAGGUUUUAUUAUAAGUCAGGAACAGUAGUUCCUCCAUUUAAAGAUCCGGACUUGAAAAAAAAACAACAUGGUCUAACUAGGACAUCACUAGAACCUGAUCCAAUGGUUGAACUUCCAGAUUGGUCAUAUGCAGAUGGAAGACCUGCACCAUUGGGAGUUCACAAGAAGAGAAGAUUACUUUUACAGAUGCAUUAUGCAAAAAUUAUUACAGACUUAUUGAAAGAAGUCGAUUUUGCCGAAAAGCAUCAUCAGGAAAAACAAGAAGAGAAGAAAAGGGAAGAAGAAAAUAUUAUUAAAAGUAAAUUAAAAGCAAAAGGAAAAAGUUUACAUGCAGAGAAAAGUAAAUCUUGAAAAAGAUCAUUAAAUAGUAAUUAAUUUACAGUUUAUUAUAAUAUUUCAAUUGAAAUAAAGUACUCAAUCUUAUUAAUAAUAAUUUUUUGUGUGUUUGUUACAUUUAUUAUCUUUAAUGUAAAAUAAAAAAUAUACAUUAAAUUAAUUUUAAUUACUAAAUUUUCUCAACUGUAAAUAGUCAU